AUGGUGCGAAUACAUUUUACAGGUCUAAUACUAGGCUUCUGUUCAUUUUUGACCUUAAGUAAAUCUGAUUCCUGCUGGCGAAACACUUCUUGCUCUGGUCCAACCAGCAGCGCAUUCAGCGGAGUAUGGGAUAAGAACAUCUACGCGCCAGCCUCGCGAACUGUCCGACCGGCUUCAACGCUGUCAGAACUGAAGACAAAUGCUACUACACAUUCUGGUCAGCCGGAGACAGCAACUUUUCGAGGGAAUGGGUCACUUGUGGUAUUCGACUUUGGCAAAGAAGUUGGUGGCAUCGUGCAUCUGGACUAUACUUCCACAGGCAGCGGGGCGCUGGGCCUGGCCUUUACCGAGGGUAAAAAUUGGAUUGGAGAGUGGUCUGACUCCUCUAACAGCCUUUGGCAUGAUGGUGCCUUGUACGCAAACUUUUCUUCUUCAGGCGAACACUCCUAUGUGAUGCCUGAUAAGUAUCUUCGAGGAGGCUUCCGAUACUUGACUAUCUUUUUGAUUACCGAUGACUCAACUACUGUGCAGGUCAAAGACUUGAGUGUCGAGCUUGCUUUUCAGCCUACAUGGUCCAAUCUUCGUGCUUAUCAAGGAUACUUUCACUGUAGCGAUGAGCUACUGAAUCGAAUUUGGUACAGUGGCGCAUAUACGCUGCAGACAAAUGAGGUCCCAGUGAAUACAGGCCGUAUAACUAGCGGACUUACCUCCGGGUGGUUGAAUAACGGAACACUAGGGCCAGGAGAUACUAUUAUUGUUGAUGGUGCCAAGCGAGAUCGUGCUGUAUGGCCGGGUGACAUGGGUAUUGCCGUUCCAUCGGCAUUUGUGAGUCUGGGAGAUCUGGAUAGCGUCAAAAACGCUCUACAGAUUAUGUACAACACACAGGAUAAGUCAACUGGUGCUUUCGAUGAAUCAGGUCCUCCACUCAGUCAAAAAGGUUCCGACACAUAUCACAUGUGGUCAAUGAUUGGCACGUACAAUUAUGUUCUGUAUACAAACGACACAGACUUCCUCGAGCAGAACUGGGACGGUUAUCUUCUUGCAAUGGAAUAUAUCUAUGGCAAGGUGACAUAUUCCAGCGGUCUCUUGGAUGUAACAGGCAUCCGCGAUUGGGCUCGAUGGCAACAAGGAUACAAUAACACCGAGGCUCAGAUGAUACUCUAUCAUACCCUGAGAACCGGAUCAUCACUUGCAACUUGGGUCGGUGACACAACAAACCUCUCCUCAACUUGGAAUUCGAGAGCCGAUAGUCUUAAAACAGCCAUCAACACUUAUUGCUGGGAUAAUUCCUAUGGUGCAUUUAAGGAUAAUGCAACGGACACCACACUUCAUCCCCAAGAUGCAAACAGUAUGGCCAUUCUCUUUGGAGUCGUUGAUGGUGAGCGGGCCGCUGGUAUUUCAGAGAGACUUCUCAAGAACUGGACUCCAAUCGGAGCUGUUGCACCCGAACUACCUGAGAAUAUUGUCUCUUUUAUAUCGUCCUUUGAGAUUCAAAGCCACUUUGUCGUGAAACAGCCAUCUCGUGCAUUGGACCUCAUCCGCCGCAGCUGGGGCUGGUAUAUCAAUAAUCCUAAUGGCACAGAGAGCACUGUCAUUGAAGGCUACCUCCAAAACGGGACUUUCGGCUAUAGAGGCAGCCGUGGAUACUACUAUGACACAUCAUAUGUUUCGCACGCUCAUGGUUGGUCAUCCGGGCCUACUUCCGCGCUAACUAACUACAUUGUUGGCCUUUCUGUUACUUCCCAGCUGGGCUUGACUUGGGAUAUUGCGCCACAAUUCGCGGAUCUAGAAUAUGCAGAGGCAGGAUUCGUGACUUCCCUGGGAAGUUUCCAAGCAUCAUGGACAAAGAGCUCAGAUGAGUAUACGCUCAAAUUCUCCGUUCCUGAUUCCACAUCUGGGACCCUUACGCUGCCGUAUAUCAUUGCGUCGAAGAAGCCUUCGAUUACAAUUAAUGGGAGGAAAGUAACAAAAGGAGUGACAUAUUCUGACAGCACUGCAAGUCUGAGCGUUGCUAAGGGAGGCUCCUACAAGAUUGUUGUCCGUUAA